AUGUCCUCAAAAGCAACUGUGGAUCAUCCUCUUAUAUCUUCUCCAACUCAUUCCCUUCCUCAAGACUCGUCAGAAUCACAAGUAUUGCUUGAGAUUCCAGACAGUUAUCACAAAGAUCACAACCACAGCCAUAAAGACAGCAAGAAUGAAAAAGAAAGCGGGAGAGGAAAAAAGAGAAUGAAAAUUACCACAAAGAAACUCCUCAUUAUCCUCUUCUUCAUCCUAUCAACCAUCUCACUUUUAAGACUCCUCAGAAUCACAACCACAGGAACUAGUCAACCUCCUACUUUAUCUCAGUCUCAGCAAGAGAAGAACACCCGAUUACAUGCAUCAAACACACACAGAACAUAUUCCCCUUCCAAAUUAGAUGUAGAUCUCACUGUAAAGGAAUUCCAACUCCUCACAAGUAUCAUCUCGCAAAGAGUCCCCUGCAACCUCCUCAUAUUCGGUAUAAGACCUCAAACCCUUCAACUCUCGUCGCUGAACAGUGGAGGCACCACUAUCUUCCUCGAAGAUGACCCUGAAAAGCUGCUAGCAAUCCGUAGAACAAAAGAAGGCAUGCAGAUGUACAAAAUUGAGCAUCAGGCAGCCGCCAAAGAGGCAUACAACCUGCUCCGACAUGCAAGGACGCACCCUGAUUGUGCACCUGAAGCACAGCCGCUUCAAUCAUCAAAAUGCCGACUAGCACUGACACAGCUACCAAAGGAGAUAUACGAACUCAAGUGGGACGUAGUGGUGGUUGAUGGACCAAGCGGUGAUAAACCAGAGGCACCUGCGAGGAUGGCUGCAAUCUAUACCACCAGUAUGAUUGCUAGGUUUGGGAACAAUACAGAUGUCUUGGUUCAUGAUGUCGAUAGAACGGUUGAGAAAUGGUUUUCUUGGGAGUUUCUAUGUCAUGAAAACUUGAUUUCUUCCAAAGGGAAACUUUGGCAUUUUAGGAUUGUGGAGAGUUCAACUUCUACUAGUUUUUGUUCUAAUGCGACAGUUCGAAUCAUGUGA